UUUUGCUGUCAUGUACUUCUGUUGUUUGCUGGCGUUGAGGAUUAGGCGUUUGAUUAGCUAUUACCACAUCCAUUGGCGCAGUUCACAUAGCUCUACUCUAAAACAAAGCAAAUGGAGACACAGACCCACACCACAACCGACCGACAUGGCUAUAGCCUGCGCUUUUCUCCUUUCGAGUCAAAUCAUAUGCUUCUGGCUACUAGCCAAUUGUACGGUCUUGCUGGCGGUGGUUCACUCUUUCUGCUUGCCCAGAGCUCCCUGGACGAGGUCAACUCACAAAAUCUCACAGAACUGUGUCGUCUGGAGUGGUCCGAUGGGUUGUUCGAUGUCGCCUGGUGUCCAUAUGCCGCGGAUAUUGCAGCCACAGCCUCGGGCGAUGGUUCGCUGCAAAUCUGGUCGGGAUUAGAUGCGGAAUCGGCGCUGACAGAGCAAACACCCAAACAGCCGCUGCUGUGUCUGCAGGAGCACAAGAAUGAGAUCUACAGUCUGGAUUGGGGCGAGAAGUGGAACUAUCACACACUGCUCUCGGCCAGUUGGGACUGCACUCUCAAGCUGUGGGAUUGCAACAGGCAGAACUCCAUCACGACGUUUGUGGGACACAAUGAUUUGAUCUAUUGCGCAAAGUAUUCGCCACUCAUUGCGAAUCUCUUUGCCAGCGUAAGUACCGACGGACAUUUGAACUUAUGGAAUUCUCUUGAUUUUACAGGUAAACCACUGAUGAGCAUCGAGGCGCAUGCCAGUGAAGCGUUGUCCUGCGACUGGAGUCAUUUCGAUCGGAAUGUGCUUGUGACUGGAGGAUCCGAUGGACUGAUCAGAGGUUGGGAUUUACGCAAAAUGCGCACACACAUCUUUGAGCUGUACUCAGGAGAGUUUGCGGUCAGACGUUUGGCUUGUUCGCCACACUCGGCGACGGUUCUAGCUUCAGCCAAUUACGAUUUCACAACGCGCAUUUGGGAUCUGGAGCGUGGGGAAUCCGCACAGGAAAUCAAUGCUCAGCAUACCGAAUUUGUCUGCGGUCUCGACUGGAAUCCACAGCGUGUGCAUCAAUUGGCUGAUUGCGGCUGGGAUUCGGUGGCCAAUGUCUACACGCCAAAAUGUUUGGCUUAAAUGAUGAUGCCUUUAAAAUUAAUGCCUAAUGCUGGCCUUACACCCAACUGGAAACUGGAACUGGUACUCCAAAUGCCGAAACAUAUAUGUGAUAUGGUGCAAGUGGCGCCAAAAUAGCCAAGCCACAGAUUGGUUAACACCUGGACACCUGGACGAUACAACAGAUAGCCGAGCUAUCUACCUCUAAGGAAUAAAGAUUUGUGUGUAAAUAGAUUGUGAUCGCGUGAAUGUUCGCAUAACCGUUCAGCAGGUGCUUGAAAUGUCAAUAAAAGCUUACAAGAUUAUAUGAUU